ACGCAAAAAGAUAAAUAAACCAAAUUUAGAAGCGCUUAGUGUAAUUUUCAGAAAAAAGGGAAUAACUCUCCGUUUACAUUCUCUGUGCGUUAGUACUGAAUAAUCUAAGGGCUUCAGACGCCGCCAUUUUUAUUUUCACCGAUCAAAAAUGGGGAAGAAGAAAAAUCAACGUAGUGUCGCCACUAAUCGGCGGCUGAAGAUGUAUAAUAGCAGGCCGAAGUGUGACCGGAAGGGCAAAAUUAUAAAGCACGAUUUUCAGUCACAGAAACUUCCGUCAACGCGGAUACAACCGGAUCCCCGCUGGUUCAUCAAUACUCGGGUGAUCAGUCAGAAGAAAUUGGAAUUUUUUAGGGAAGAAAUCCAAAAUCGGAUUUCCAGUAACUACAAUGUUAUAUUGAAUGAAAGGAAAUUGCCCAUGUCCCUUUUGAGUGAUCACCACAAGAAAGGAAGAGUUCAUUCUCUCGACAGUGAGCCCAUUGCUGAUGCUUUUGAACCUAAAACAAAGAGGAAAGUCCCAAAACAUUUUGCAUCAUUAGCCAAGAAUGAUGUGUGUCAAGAUGCCCUUAAGAGAGGGGGACCAUCUAAAUCCAACAUGUUUUCCAAGUAAACGCCUAAGCAAACCAAAGUCCCAGCAUUUUCAAGGAUUAUGAAACUGAAGAUGGAAGUGAGAAGCCAAAAUAAGUUUAGGUGAUUGAGUUUUUUUUCAAGUAAAUUAGAAGAUAUUUCAGUAUGUUAGGGGAGUCAAAAGCAGAGCAAUUAGUAUAACACAAGCAAGAGAACUCUGUUCUACUUAUUACUCAUAAUGCGCAUAUGCUUGCCUUCUUUUUCUUA